CUCUUUCACGACCCACUCCUCUCCCUCCCCUUCCACUCGCUCAUCUCCUCAUUCUCCUCAUCUCAUCCGCUCUCAUCACCCGAGGCAGGCGGAUCGCCGGUUCGUCCGUCCCGAUCGGGUUCCUGGGGAGAGAGAGAUGGAGCAGUCUUUCAUCAUGAUCAAGCCCGACGGCGUCCAGAGGGGCCUGAUUGGAGACAUCAUCAGCCGGUUUGAGAAGAAAGGAUUCUACCUGAAGGGGAUGAAGUUUCUGAAUGUGGAGAGGUCCUUUGCGCAGCAGCACUACGCUGAACUUGCUGACAAGCCCUUCUUUCCUGGGUUGGUGGAGUACAUCAUCUCUGGCCCUGUUGUUGCCAUGGUUUGGGAAGGGAAGGAUGUUGUUGCAACUGGCCGCAGGAUCAUUGGGGCCACUAGGCCUUGGGAGGCAGCCCCUGGCACCAUCCGUGCUGACUAUGCUGUGGAAGUUGGCAGGAACGUCAUCCAUGGGAGCGAUUCAGUGGACAACGCAAAGAAGGAGAUCGCCCUGUGGUUCCCCGAAGGCGUGGCCGAGUGGAGGAGCAACCUGCACCCUUGGAUCUACGAGUCUUAGAGAGCUUCGCGGCUAGCAUCACAUCACCUCUUGUUGGUGACUGGUUCCCUCUCUCUAAAUACUCUCUUCUUGUUGGCUCUGCACUGCACUGCACUGCAUUGCCCCUUUUGUGAGUCACCGUCGUUAUAAUUGUGAUUUUGUGUGUGGUACACAAAUCACAGACGCAGUUAAAAAAUGUGCCUACCUGAACCUGUAUGGGCGUAUUGGCGUUUAAAGUUUCUGGGUCGUAUGUGAUCUGAAGAAUAAUAAUACAUCUUUUUUUUCCUGUGCUUUA